CAUGCUAAAUAGUUCUUACAUAUAACAGAACAUGAUUGCGUCAAAAGUUUAAUUAAUUAGUUAAUUUCGAAAUAAAAAAGAAAAGAGAGGAACAGAAAGUGGAGGGAAUGAAAUGAAACCCUGAAGAAGGAACGGUUUAAGGCCAAAACGCGAAACGCAAACGCAAAAAGCACGAAAUAGAAGCGAUUAAGCGAAUCUCAAUCUGCAUCAUCGAUUAACGGUCGAUGAUCGAUGCCAAAGAUGAAGCACCUGCUCAGAAAGCUUCACAUCGGUGGUGGCGCUGCCACCAUUAACCCUAGCACCAAUCACAACGCAUUGUCGUCGCACGCUCACAAUCACACUCCCUCUCCCUCCACUUCCACGCUCCCUUCCCCCACCGUCGUUUCGGAUCGGAGCCCCGUCUCCGUCGAGGCCCAAAACGAAGUCGCCGAUUUCAAUUUGUUGCAGGAGGAGGAGUUUCAGAUGCAACUCGCGCUCGCAAUCAGCGCCUCCGACUCCGAUCGCCGCGACACCGCCGAAUCCGCGCAGAUCGACGCCGCCAAACAGAUCAGCCUCGGUUACUCUGCUUCCCUCACUGACACUCAUGCCCUAGUUCAGUUUCAAUCCCUUCGAUAUUGGAACUACAAUGUGAUUGGCUAUGAUGAGAAAGUGAUGGAUGGGUUUUAUGAUGUUUAUGGAGUUACCUCGAAUUUGGUUGAGCGGGGGAAGAUGCCGUUGUUGUUGGAUCUGCAGACGGCUUCUGUCUUCGGAGAUGUUGAUUGUGAGGUGAUUUUGGUGAACCAUGUGGUUGAUCUUGAGCUCAAUCAUCUUGAGAGGAAGGCGUGUAGUUUGGUCGAGGAGUGUUGUGUUUCUGAACUGGGACUGGUUUUGAGUGGCUUGCUUCAGAAGCUUGCAGAUGCUGUUGUUAAUAGAAUGGGUGGACCGGUUGUUAAUGCUGAGAAACUUACAAAGAGGUGGGCUAUGAGGAGUCGUGAGUUACGGGAUUCUAUGCAGACCAUUGUUCUUCCCCUUGGCUGUCUUGAUGUCGGACUUUCACGUCACCGAGCCCUACUUUUUAAGGUACUUGCUGAUAGGAUUAACGUUCCCUGCAAGCUGGUAAAAGGGAGCUAUUAUACUGGAACUGAUGAUGGGGCUGUGAAUUUGAUUAAAGCAGAUGAUGGAAGUGAAUACAUUAUUGAUAUGAUGGGUGCUCCUGGCACUCUUAUACCUGCUGAGGUACCCAGCAGCCAGCUCGGAAACAACAGUUUUGCUGUUAGGGGUUGUUCAGAGGUUGUAGUACUACCAAACAAGACACAUUCAAUGGUAGAUGAUGGAACUGGUGUUCUGGGAGUCUUUUCUGAUCGUGGUAGAAUUUCAACAAUGGAAAGGGUCCAGACAGAAGAAUUAUUAGUUAUGGGCAGUCAAACAAAGCCAGAUGAAAAAAAUAUUUUUAAAGUAAACGAGACAAGGAGAUUUGAACAUACAGAAUCAUAUGAAUGCUCAUCUCAUACAGAACCAUCACCUGCAGAGAAUAUGCGUGUAAAAAAUGUCUCUAAGUAUGUUCUCAGUGCAGCAAAGGACCCAGAAUUUGCCCAAAAACUGCAUAAUGUUCUAGUAGAGAGUGGUGCCUUACCUCCUCCUGAUCUUUUUUCAGAUAUCAAUCCCCAAGAUAGGGGUGUAGAUAAAGUAAAUGAAAACAUUGUUGGUUCUGUUCAAGCGGACACAAAUAGAUUGUUAUUAAGCUAUGAAAAGUCUCUCAUACCCUCAUAUGGGGUGGGCUCUGCCAGCGAUGCUAAGUUAUGUCAACCAGCUGACUGGUUAGCUGAACAGCAAAAAGAAUUGCAUACAAAUGUUGAAUUUUACAAUUUUGCACAGGGUGGUAAUACAAGGAAUGGGUUUGUAAAUGUUUCUGAUAGAGAUUAUGACAUAGAGCAAUCUAAUGCAAUGAGUGUUGUUUUGGCUUCUAUCCAUUCACAUAAGAUAUGUAAAGAAAAGCGUCCUGAAUCUUCCUUACCCAAGGCAGCUCUUUCCUGCAAAAUGCAUAAUGGGGCUGACUGUUUCUGUGAAGAUGAUGAAAAUGGUUCUAGAAACAAUGUUGAAGCUUCUUUUAAUAAUAGUGAAUUAGGGAGAGAUUCAGCUGUUCAAAUAAAUGAGAUGGGGGUCAAUGGAGAUUGUUAUGAUGGUAGAAACAAGGAAGUUAACCCAGUUCUUGGUGAAAGCUCAGAAUGGGAAAUUCAAUGGGAGGAUCUUGAUAUUGGUGAGCGUAUUGGUAUUGGUUCUUAUGGUGAAGUUUAUCGUGCCGAUUGUAAUGGCACUGAAGUUGCUGUAAAGAAGUUUCUGGACCAAGAUUUCUCUGGUGAUGCACUAGCUCAAUUCAAAUCCGAAGUUGAGAUCAUGUUAAGGCUGCGGCAUCCGAAUGUCGUGCUCUUCAUGGGAGCUAUUACUCGCUCCCCACAUUUCUCUAUCUUGACAGAGUUUCUUCCAAGAGGCAGUUUAUAUAGGCUAUUACAUCGACCCAAUCUUCGACUUGAUGAGAAGAAACGGUUGCGCAUGGCUCUAGAUGUGGCCAAGGGAAUGAAUUACUUGCACACAAGCCAUCCUCCCAUUGUCCACCGAGAUUUAAAGUCUCCAAAUCUUCUUGUUGACAGGCAUUGGGCUGUUAAGGUCUGUGAUUUUGGUCUGUCACGAAUGAAGCACCAUACAUAUUUGUCAUCCAAAUCCUGUGCUGGAACGCCGGAGUGGAUGGCGCCAGAAGUCUUGAGAAAUGAACCAGCCAAUGAGAAGUGUGAUGUGUAUAGUUUUGGUGUGAUCUUGUGGGAGUUAACUACCACAAGAAUUCCCUGGCAAGGUUUGAACCCAAUGCAGGUUGUUGGAGCUGUUGGAUUUCAAAAUAAACGGCUUGAAAUUCCAGAAGAUGUCAAUCCAGUAGUAGCACAGAUAAUACGUGAUUGCUGGCAAACGGAGCCACACUUGCGGCCAUCAUUCUCACAACUGAUGUCUCGUCUUUACCGUCUUCAAAAUUUGAUUGUCCCAAAAACGGGUGCAACACAUUAAACCAAGUUGUCUAUAACAUAGCUACUGUAAUAAUACUGAAAGUUGUUCCUUGGUUCAAAGAACCGGAACGGCUAAAGUUUUUUUUUUUUAGUCCAUCUUGACAUAUCAAGAUAUUGCUGAACUGGUAAGUGUCAGGUACAUUCAAAGUUGGGACUGGACACAACCCAUUCAGAAAAGAGCAAGGUCCCUCCCCAAUAUCUGCAUAAGUGCAGUGGAGGUUUAGUUGGAGUAGGUACAAAAUGAAGAAUCCCCAGAGGGAAGAAAAGCAAGAAACAAAAAGGAAAAAAAAAAGUACAAAAUUAUUCUUUGUCUGUAGAGGUCUUAUUCGGAAUUGUAAACAUCGGAUCUCUCAGGUUCUCAUGCAAAUGUAAAAAGAAGAAAAAGAAACAAAAAAAAACAGUAUGUAUUUCCCAUUACUCAGCUUGAGUUUUUCUUGAGCAAGUGUACUUUUUAGCUGAUAUGAUCAUUAUCUCUUGAAGGGUAA